CGGAGCGUCGGGCGCGGCGGGGCUCAAGGCAUCUGAGGGCUCUCUCCCGGCGUCGGGCUCUGGGCCGCCACCGCCACCUCGGCUCCUGCCGGCGCAGUCGCCUCUCCCGCCCACCCCUCGCCAUGUCCGAGGAUCUGUCGGCGGCCACGUCCUACACGGAAGAUGAUUUCUACUGCCCUGUCUGUCAGGAGGUGCUCAAGACGCCGGUGCGGACCGCGGCCUGUCAGCACGUUUUCUGUAGAAAAUGUUUCCUGACUGCAAUGAGAGAAAGUGGAAUACACUGUCCCUUAUGUCGUGGAAGUGUGACUAGAAGAGAAAGAGCAUGUCCAGAACGGGCCUUAGAUCUUGAAAAUAUCAUGAGGAGGUUUUCUGGUAGCUGCAGAUGCUGUUCAAAAAAGAUUAAAUUCUAUCGCAUGAGACAUCAUUACAAAUCUUGUAAGAAGUAUCAGGAUGAAUAUGGUGUUUCUUCUGUCAUUCCAAACUUUAAGAUUUCUCAAGAUUCAGUAAGGAGCAGUAAUAGGAAUGAAACAUCUGCAUCUGAUAACACAGAAACUUAUCAAGAGGAUACAAGUUCUUCUGGGCAUCCCACCUUUAAGUGUCCCUUAUGUCAAGAGUCAAAUUUCACCAGACAACGUUUAUUGGAUCACUGUAAUAGUAACCACCUAUUUCAGAUAGUUCCUGUGACAUGUCCUAUUUGUGUGUCUCUUCCUUGGGGAGAUCCUAGCCAGAUUACUAGAAAUUUCGUUAGUCAUCUAAAUCAAAGACAUCAGUUUGAUUAUGGAGAAUUUGUGAAUCUUCAGCUAGAUGAGGAAACCCAAUAUCAAACUGCUGUGGAAGAGUCUUUUCAAGUAAACAUGUGAUGUGUAUAGACAUCUCUGCCUCCUUGCAACCUACAAGUGCCAUCUUUAAGGAGAAGACAUGAAGUCACCGUUUUCAGUAAUUUGCUGUGCAUAUUAAUAAAAAUAAUAAUUCAGUCUACUGUAUUAGGCUUUUAAUUGAAAAUUAAGGGUGGGCCACCCUAAUUCCAUUCUCUAGACAGUUACGGUAACAGCAUGGAAAGGGUUGUAUUUCAUUUGUGUGGCAAAAAGGGAAUCUCUGUUGUCUUUUUUUUUUUCCUUGUAUUACAUAUUCUGAAUGUUUCAUUAAGUUGUUUUUGAUAUUUGAUACAGUUCCUUCUAUUUAGUACAGAGAUAACAGCAAAUUCUGAACGGUGUGAUUCCUAUAACUAAUAAACCUGAGCCAUUUGUCAGAACUGCAGAUUGGAAACUUGAAGUGCUAAGUGGGAUAAUCCAAAGGGAUUUUUAAAAAGUAUAUAGAUUCUAGCUGAGGAAUUCAACAAUAAGAAAAUUGUAUUUAUAUAUUGUUUAGUAUUUUUGAGGACUAGUGAGCUUUCUUUAAUAGUUUUUACUUUGAAAGUGUAUUGUACAAAUGUUUCUUCUUUUGCUAUUAGAAGAACCUAUCAAGAGAAGAGAAAAAGUUUUCAUUGGUGGUUAGUUUGUUAUUUCAAUCUAGGUUGAGUAAUUUGUAAGCCUAAAUGUGUUAUCCAACAGUUCUUUGUAGUCAGUAUUUCUCACUAGCUGAUGAAACUUUUUAGCCAGUGAAUGAUACAUUCAAUUAGUUUUUUAAAAAUCCAAAGUUGCAAAUGUAUGUGGAUAUGUACAUAGACUUUUGCAUGUAUAUAUACACAUAUAUAUCUUUGCCUAGAGUUUGUCAGGUUAUGUAUAGAAUUUCUAUUAAAGAGUUUUAAUAAUGGACAAGCAAUAUAGGAUUGAAGUAUUUAUCUCAUUCGUUUAAAUUUUUGUAUGUUACCAAGUUUUUAAAACAGUAAGCCAAAUACUACGUGGUACAGUUGGCUGUUAUUACACCUGAAAAAUGUGCUAAAUGGUGCUUACUUGUUGUGUUUGAAAAUGAUGCAUAGCUCCUGUGUCGUGAGAAAUUUUACCAGCUACUGUUUCACUACAUUUUAGUCAAGACAAAGUUUGUUCAUAAUCUUUGGUAUAAAGUAUUGUAGAGAAGGCCAACUCAUAGAGUAAAGGGUGAAGGGGAAAUUCUGACAUUCCACGCUAACAUAACACUGUUAUGUUUUCUUUAAAAUAACUAAAUGCAAAAGAAAAUCUCUGAAGUAGUUUGCUGCUAAUAUAUACAUAUAUUGUAAAAAAGGUAUAUUUUGAUUUUCUUAAUACCCUUGUUGUCUUUUCUACAAUGAACAUUUUUUAACUUGAUUUAAUAAAAAUGUUAAUUUUGGAUGUGCAGUUUUGUAAAAACCUUUUUCAGUUAAACAGUAAUGACUAUUUAUGUUCAGUAAUACAGACUCAGAUGAAGCCAUACAUCUUAAUGCCUUUUUUCUGUUUCUUGAGCGUGAUGUUUACUGUGUUCUCUAGCACUGUUGACAUACAAGAGUGUAAUUCUAGGAACUCUUUAAAAGGAGACUUCUAUCCACAGUUCUCCAGUUUAAAGCAAUAACUUGGGCACUUUUAAAGUUUUAUUUAGCCAGUGUGUUUCUAAAUCAUCCUGGGCUGUACAAACUUAAAGGGAAGCUUAUAUUAGAGAUCAUUUUGGAGACCUGUUUUGAAGUCUUAUGGAUGAGUUAAAUAUUAAUAUAUCAAUAGCUUUUUCAUGAGAAUUAUCUUUUUUUUGCAUUAGUAACUUCUUGAGUAUGAAGAAAAACUUUUAAAUUCUUCUUUUGUCAGUGGAUUAAGAACAAAGAUUGACUUUAUAAUUCAUGUGUGGAAAACCCUCAGUAGUCUUGUUUAGUAGCUAUCAGGCUAAAGGAGAGGAGCUGUGGCAAUAUGCUGACACAUCAGUUUCACAGUACAGUGAGGAAAGCCACUUUUCUCCUUCAACUUAGUUUAGUUUAUGUCCAGAAAUAUGGUGUUAAUUGAGAUGUAUUGCUUUAUUUUUCAAUUAAAAAUGGUUUUCUCCUA